AUGAGACCUUCUUUUGUUGGAUUCAUCAGAAUACUUGUCCUUGUUUUUGUCUCUGUUUGCUGUUGCAGCUCUUGUACCGAUGGAAGUACUAUAGCGCAGAGAACUUUAGCAAUCAUAAAGCCGGAUGGAUUGCUCGGUAACUACACAGAUGAUAUCAAGAGAACAAUUUCAGAAUAUGGUUUCAGCAUUGUCAAGGAACGGAUUGUUCAACUUGAUGAGGCAACUGUGAAAAGAUUUUAUGCAGAACACUCUUCAAAAAGCUUCUUUUCCAGCCUAGUUAAAUACAUGACAAGUGGACCAGUGUUAAUCAUGGUUCUGGAAAAGGAUAAUGCUAUUGCUGAUUGGCGUGCUUUAAUGGGUCCUACUGAUGCAAGCAAGGCCAAGAUUACUCAUCCUCACAGCAUUAGAGCAAAAUGUGGAUUGAACACUGAAAAAAAUUGUGUUCAUGGUUCAGACUCUACCAAAUCUGCACAAAGAGAGAUACUAUUUUUCUUCGACGAGCUCGCUCCAGAACACGAUGAAUUGUAG